CCCUGCGCAACUACUGCAACGAUUUAGCGGAUGGUCUCAGCUUUAAAGGCUCAUUUUCCGAUUUGCUCCUGUCAGCGCACAACUCUUCCAACAUUGAGCCAAGCAGAUAAAGUCAAGAUGAACAAGUUUCUGGUGCGAGGGCUCGGCUUCUACAACGAUGCGUAUGACCUGUUUGUCAUGAACGUGGUCAAUGUCGUGCUCACCGAGCAAUACGGCUCGGAUACGUACUCGUCCACCAUGAAAUCUUGGGUUUCAGCCGGUGCAAUCAUCGGCGCUGUGGUCGGCCAGCUCGCCUUCGGCUUCCUAGGCGACGUCUUUGGUCGCAAGGUCAAUAUGAUCUUCACCUGCUGCCUGCUGAUCCUCGGCGGCAUUCUCUGCACCGCAGCGUACGCAGGCGACGGCCGAGCCACACUCUGGUUCCUCGUGGUCGCACGUCUGAUUCUUGGUAUCGGCAUCGGCGGAGAAUACCCGCUGGCGGCCAGUACGACCGCUGAAGACUCGACAGACUCAGCGGAUCGUAACACGGCGGUGGCUAAGACGUUCUCCCUGCAAGGUGUGGGCCAAGUAACGGCUGCUAUCCUUGGCAACCUGCUCGUACAGGCGUUUGCUGACGGCAAGCCCGGUGAGAACAGUAGCUCCCGACUAGAGGCUGUGUGGCGUAUACUAUUCGCCAUCGGUGUCAUUCCUGCCCUGGUGGUCUGCUACUUCCGUUUCACGGCCGAGGAGACUGCGGCUUACAAGAACGCACAGCAGCACGGCCAGUUGACACAGGCCACCACACAGCAGCAAGCCCGUUUCAGCUUCAUCUUUCGUCACUACGGAGUGAGUCUACUGGGCACAGCUGGUACUUGGUUCCUCUUCGACAUUGUCUACUACUCGCAGAACCUCUUCUCGGCCAGUAUCCUCAAGGUGGUGGGACUUAGCAACCCGUCGCUGCAACAGGUGACGACAGAGGUCGCGUUCGUGUCGCUGAUGGCGCUACCUGGUUACUUCGUAGCUGUGUACGCUAUCAACCGCUUAGGUCGGAAGAAGAUGCAGCUUCAGGGCUUCUUCUUUAUGACUGUUCUGUGUUUGAUCAUGGCCAUCUUCUGGGACGACCUCAAGGACCAGUCGAUCCUGUUCAUUGUCUUAUAUGGCCUCACACUGUUCUUCUCCAAUUUCGGCCCCAACAUGUCCACGUUCGUGUUGCCCACGGAGAUGUUCCCUACUCCGAUCCGGUCGACGUGCCACGGUAUCUCCGCUGCUGCUGGCAAGGCCGGUGCUGCGAUUGGUUCGUUCGGGUUCUCGAUAUGGGUGGACAACCCUAGCUAUGGCUACACUGGUGCCUUCUACACGUUCGCUGCCAUCGCUGCAGUUUCCAUCCCACUUACGUGGUUCUGUGUGUUCGACAACACCAAGGGAAUCGAGGAGAUGGACGCUGACUUCUACCUUCGUCUUAACGGUGCAGACAACUUCACGCGCGAGUCAUUCAACUCCCUUGCCAAGAUCAGUGAUGCCGCGAGCGUCAGCAUGAACAUGACACCUGAUGUCUACAAGAAGACCUCGACGCCCAGUCCGAAUAAGCAAGUGUAGGGCUUUAAAUAAAUAUGUAUCUAUUUGAUUCAUAACUAAUUCGUAGUAGUAGAAAUGAAUACUCAAAGGACCAAAACUCGGUCAAGUACGAUGUAGUUAGCACAAUUUGGUCUGUCCUUACCAGUCAUAGAGUUAAACACUACCGUAUUGAGGCUUCCUAGGUCAAGUGGCACAUUUUAAACUUAAGGUACAUU